AAUGAGUGUUUCCUGUCAUUCAAUUAUUGUGAUAUAUUUUGCACAGUCUAAUACUCAAAUAUACUGCUAAUAUCAACCUAGCUCGAACUGAUCCUCUCCGAUUAUAAUUUAUGAGAAACCACUUGUAAUGUCACUCUCACAAUAAGAAUAAAACAUCCAAUGCUGUGUAGUCAUAAUAUACUCGUUUGUAAAAUAUAAAUUACAUUUUUCGCGAGUCUCCGUCCCUUAGAGUGUUUUGUUUUUCUGUAAAAAAACUACCUUUAAUGAAUACAAUAAUACAAAUUUAGUGUAUGAUACAAAUCUAUUAUCUUAUUAUUAUGUCACGACCAUCGCUGCUGACGAUCGUUUUGUUUGCGUCCGUGUCAUUGCUGAUCGGUCAGCUGCAGUCGGCCAACGGUGAUGGAACCGACCAUAAUUUUCAGCGGGACACAACCGCCGACCUAAUACCAGGUACAUGGUUGUCCGAUCUGUUUUACCGGGCGCUGGCCAACUUCACCUUAGGGAGAGCGGACAACACGGCUUGUCGCCGACAAUCCGCCGUGUACGAGGAACAUUUGAGCAACCACACCAGUUGGGCCGUCAGAAUGCAAGAAUCCUGGGAUCGAUAUCCAGUCGGUUUACUUGCGGGAAAUACAUAUCAAAUGGGAGUCUAUGACGAAUGUGUGGACAUACGAUAUCCAAUAAAAGGACAAUACUGUUUAUCGGAAAUAAAAUUAAUUCCACCUUCCGGGAGAGAUUACAGCUUCAAAAGAACGGUAGACUUUGACGAUUUUGGUAAUAACCAUGCGUGGAAAACCGUACUAGGGUGGGCCGAUUACCAGGACCAAGUGCAACGAAACGUUUUUCAUUUGGCAGUAUGCAUACCAGGCACUUGUUCGGCGUUAGACCUACAGACAUCACUACAAAGCCAAUUCGACGAGGCGUUUCCCUCCGAACAGUUCAAAACCGUCGUCCGAGUUGACCCGAUAAUGUGCAGGGUCCGUGAAGAUACGUAUCCCUAUGACACACCUUAUUACGUUACCUGGUGGACAUUUUCACUACUCUUUCUGCUUUGUUGCGGUGCGACGUUACACCAUUUUAUAAGAUUAUCGUACCAACAAAACACAAAUGAAAGCGGUGAAAUGUCUGGUUCAUUUCUCUACGCAUUUUCAUUUAUCGAGUCAAUAAAAACAUUAUGGAAAUUUGACAGAAACAACAAAUUAAAUAUGGUCCAUACCUUAAAAGUAAUGACGAUGCUUCCUAUUAUCUUUGGACAUAAAAUUUUUAUUUUGGUAUCGAAUCCCAUCAGUAAUCCGAAGUUUAUUGAAAAUAUAUACCUCAACGGAUCAGCUUUGCUGUUGACUGGUAUGAACAUUGUUGACCCAUUUUUCUUCUUGAGCGGUUUUAUCGUGUACAAGAACCUUUUUCGAGAAUUUAAAAAACCAAAGGCAGAAUCGGUUUGGAGGACACUGUCGUUACCAAUCAUCAAGCGAAUAAUAAGGAUGUUACCGGCUUAUUGCGCUAUGAUGGCGAUCACUGCACAUAUCGUACCCCAUCUUGGAGACGGUCCGCUGUGGCCAAAUAAGUCCUGGGAAGAAGCCGAGAUAUGUAAGAACUAUUGGUGGACCAACCUGUUGUUCAUAAGCAAUUUCGUUGACAUCAAGCAUCAGUGCCUCCAUAUGGGCUGGUACUUAUCGUCUGACAUUCAGUUUUUCAUAAUCGGAGUUAUUGUUGUUUACGUUUACACGAAAAACCCGAAUUAUGGAAUCGCAUUGCUUGGGCUGAUAAUUGGUUUGUCCAUUUCCGUGCCGUUCAUAAUCACGUUUUUGACUGGAAGAGAUGGAAUGGAUAAAUUUCUUAUUCCUUACUUAUUGUACCCGAGAAAUGUAUUAUCGUUAAACGAGUCGUACCGACCAAGUUAUAUGCGGGCUACACCAUUCUUCGUCGGUUUAGCCAUGGCGCGUGUAGUGGAAAAACUGAUGGAAAGAAAAGUGAAAUUUUCUCAAACUGCGGUCCACGGCGGAAUAUUCGCCAUUUGCACGUUAACUUUAUGGACUCAGUUUUACGGCGCCGUAUUCUAUACGAGGGAUAGACCUUAUUAUCCGUUUGAACAUGCCUUGUACUCAACGAUCUGUCAUUGUACGUGGCCGGUAGCGGGCAUAUGGAUUACCAUAAGCUAUUUUACGUCUGGCUUCGGUCAACUUGAAAAUUUGUUCCGCAGUAGAUUUGUUGCCAUCAUGGGUAAACUCUCAUAUUCCGUUUCGUUGGUGAAUUUCACUGUAAUGUACACAUCUCAGAGUUCGCAGAGGUUACCUGUUCAGCUGUCAGCACUCAGCAAUAUAUGUGUUUGAGGCUUAUCUUUAUGAUUCAUUCAAGUGCUAUUUGUUGGCCUUAAUCUUAUAUUUGGUUGUUGAUGAGCCGUUUGCAAAGUUGACUAAUCGACUGUUUUAUCAAAG